UGUAGGACUUACCUUCCAUUCUUGCCAUGGCAGCUGCUGGCCGUCCAAUCCCCUCCCUCUCUCUUCCUCCUCUUCCUCCAUUAGGAUGAGCUUAUGGCGAGAGAUGGGAGCAAAAAAGAAGAGCCUGUAACUGACGUACGUAGAGAGAGGGAGAGAGGAGAAGGGUGGCCGUGGGGUGAUCGAUCCGAUCCAGCCACCGCCGCCGAGCCCCACAACAGUACAGCCGACGACGGACAAGCUUCUGUUCUGCUCCCUUUUGUUCUCUCUAGUUCCUAAAUUUCCCCAAUUCCCUUCGUUUCCUUGCCUUUCCUUUUCUUUGCUUUCAAAUCAAACCAAACCAAUUCAACUUCGAUUAAAUUAUUUGCUCCUCUCGACCUUCGAUUUCUCUCUAUCUAACAAAAAUAAAAGCAUCGUGUUUCUAGAUCUUUUAUACGCCAGAUAAUGAACUACACAAGGUGAAAGAUCACAUGCAUGCAUACCGAUCACCCCACACCACCCGUCAUGGCCGCCGCCGUCGCCGUCGACCAUCGCCAUGGACUUAAGCUACCCACUUGGAAGCGCCGAUGCCGCCUGCUUUCCUUUCCCCACCUGCUCUACCUCUUCGAAUCCGACCCCCCGCCGUCCGCCUUCCCCUUCCCCUUCCCCUCCCCUGCAGCAACGCCCGCGCCGCGAACCCCCUCCGCCGACGAUGGCCACCUUAAACGCACCCGUAAGUUCUCCCGCAGUCUAUCCACCCCGUGCCUGUACUCCGCCGCCGCCCCCACAGCGGCCGCCGACGAGCCCCGUAGGGACAGCAUCGCGCGACUCGAGGUCGUUUCUGGUCGACGGUCCCGCACCAUCCACGCCCUCGUCGUCGAGGCCGCCAUCGCACUGGCAUCCGGAGCUACACCCGUCCCCGUCGCCGACGGCAUCAGCGCAGCGCACUACCUCUUCAACCGCUUCGGCCAGAGCUUCGCUGUAAUGAAGGUGAUGGACAUCGACGGCCCCCCGCCGCCGCAGCAGCAGGGGCGAUCAGCGCUCAAGCACCUGGCGGCUCAGGCCAGCGACAUGGGCGUCCGCGAGGUCGCCGCCUACCUCCUCGACCACGGCGCCUUCGCCGAUGUCCCGCCUACGGCGCUGAUCACGAUCAGCCGUCCGAUUUCCUGCGAGCCGACGAAGGUGGUGACGAAGCGCAUCGCGUCGAUCCAGCGGUUCGUGGCCCACGAGUACGACGCGGGCGAGCUGGGGCCGUCGCGGUUCUCGGUGGCCUCGGUGCACCGGAUCGGGAUCCUCGACGUGCGGAUUCUGAACGUGGACCGCCACGCCGGCAACAUCCUGGUGAAGAAGGAGAACAGUGAGUGCCGGAACGAGGCGACGGCGGAGCUGGUGCCGAUCGACCAUGGGCUGUGCCUGCCGGAGCAGCUGGCGGACCCCUACUUCGAAUGGCUGCACUGGCCGCAGGCGGCGGUGCCGUUCUCGGAAGCAGAGGCGGAGUACGUGGCGAGGCUGGAGCCGUUCCGGGACGUCGAGUUGUUGCAGGCGGAGCUUCCGUUGCUGCAGGAGGCGAGCCGGCGCGUCCUAGUGGUAUGCACGACGUUCCUGAAGAGGGCAGUGGAGGCGGGGCUGUGCCUGGCGGAGAUCGGCCAAAUGAUGACACGGGAAUUCUCCGGCUUCAGCGAAGGGGCCAGCGAGUUGGAGACGCUCUGCAUCAGGGUGGUAGAGUCCAUGAGGGACACCUAUUGCUCGCCGCCCGAUCAUGCCCUGCAACAAAGCGACGACGAGGGAGGCAGCGGCGACAAGAACGACAACGAUGAUGGAAUAUUCCCGGAGCAAAGCGCGGAGGGGUCAAUGAAUGCUUUCGACGACCACCACGAAGCCGUCGCCGACGUCAGCGACGGCGAAGGUAGCGUGAAGGAGCACAAGGUUGCCGCCGGCGGAUUCAUCGCCAAAAAUUUCAACUUCUCGGCGGCGGACUUGAACCGCGGCGGGAUCAGAAGCGUUUCCUUCGAGGGGUUGAGCGAGAAGGAGUGGAGGCUGUUCCUGGAGCUGUUUGAGAGGCUGCUACCGGACGCAUUCAAAACGAGGAAGAGUACGGGCCACAGAGGUUUGGUACCUCGUGCAAGUUAUCACUCACAGAACAAAAUUAAUUAUUCUUAAUUAAUUAAUUAACUAGGAUACUUAUGCACUUGAACCAAUAUGGGGAUUAAUUGGAUAUAGGUAAACGAAUAUAUACAUAAAUAUAUACAAAUAUGUAAUUCUUACUUGUUAGUUUGGGUCAAGAUCUCACCAAUACGUGGAGGAGAUGAAAAUGUCAAGCAUAUUUGCAAUUGUAACUUGAUGUAUAGGAAAGUUCUUGGAAUAAUUGUAGCGGGAAGUUUGACAUUUCCAUCUAUUUUUUUUUAUCCUUCUUUAUAGUAAUA